AUGGGACAGGGACGAAGUGCCAAAAGUGUUAGCAACUUUGCCAUAUUUCUGUUGAUUAUACUCGCACAAAACUGUGGCCGAGCACGCAGCCACGGGCGUGAUGGAUUAGCAAAGUUGGAGUUUAGCGCACAGGCUCUCCCUGUUUUUAAUUCUGCGAAAAUAUACGAAACUUUGUGUGCGCAACUGCUGACGGCCACGCCCCCGCCCGCGCGCCCUCUUGCGCCUCGGGAGGUCAAAGGGCGUGGCCUGGUGCGAGGGAAGCCCAUGUUCCAUGUUUUCGAUCAACUGCAGCAGGACUUCGAGGCGAAAUGGCAGCGAACAACUACAGUGAAGCCUUUUAGUUUAUGGCAGCAUUUGGACUGGGAACAGGAACAGCAGGCUGAACGGUUGCAGGCCCAGUCGAACUCUAGUUUUGAUAUCCUGGCAGAGUUGUACAAGGAUCAAAAGGCUUAUGAGCAGACAACCACAACCACAAAGCCUUUUCAUGUGCUGCAAAAACUGGAAAAGGAUUUAAUCAAGGCCGAUAGGCGCAGCACCACCAUUAAGCCAUUUCACCUUGUUGGAACCCUCGUAGAGGACUUAAGAAACAAGGAUCUGAAAGAGGGUUAUCUGGAGCCCACGGAACUGGAACCCUUGGCCGAACACAAGGCCGAGUUAAAACCCGAGUCGCGGGCCAAGCAAAGUCAAAAGCGCAGGCGGAAACGCAUUCGCCGCAGGAGGAAACGAAUUCGCCGUCGCCGGAAACGGACACGUCGACGUCGCCGGAAGAAGAGAAAGAAGAGGCGGAAGAAGCGUAAGAAGAAGAAGUACAAGGGCGACAAGAAAAAGAAGAAGAAGGGAAAGCGGAAGCGGAAGAAGCAGCAAAAGCCGGAGGAUCACGAGGAGCACUCGAUUUUGCAGCCGGCCCAUCUGAUCUUUGCCAAUCCCACCAAGCAGCCGUACUACCACCAUCCCCAUGGAUAUCCAUAUCCGGCGAACAACCAGAUGCAAGUUCAAACCAUACCCACUGCCUUGCUGAACGCCUUGACCACCAAGAAACCCAGCACGGUGACCACCACCACCACCCAUCGACCCUUCAGCAAGAUCAAGUAUCUCCUGAGGCACAACAGCAUCUUCAAGAAGAAGAAAAAGGAGUACCUGAGCCACGUCGGCCAGGUGCUGUAUCCAUUUGUUAAGUUUGUGGCCUUCUUCACGGUCCUCAAUCCCUUCACGCUGGGCGUCUUCCUCUUCACCCUGAUCUCCCCCGCCGUCUUCGGCUUCCUGGGCUUUGUGGCCCUCAGUGUACUGGUCAAGCCCUUCCUGCAUCUGGUGUUCGGGGUCAAGCGGAAUGUGAAUGCCUUCGAGCGCAAGCGGUGGCUGGCCCACCGGCAGGCGGAGAAGUUGAAGCUCAACCUGCGGCCAGUGACCAUCCACAAGCACUUCUACCAGCAGAGUCCGGUACACUCCGCACCGCCGGUCAAGCUCCGUCCAGUGGGUCACUGGCGGAGAGAGGGCGACGGCCCUGGGGACCAGAUGCCUCCUCCCACCAUCAGAGCUCCCCAGAGAACCACCCCAAGACCAGCAGUGCCACCUCCAAUGCAUCGCUAUAAUCCUCUGCUGCCUGACCAUCGCAAGGCCCUCAACUACGACGAGUCUGGAGUCUUCCUGAUUUAG